GGACGUGGCGGCGGCGGAAGCUGCGGGGCCGACACGGGCACGCGUGGACACCGACCCGCUUAGCCCCGGCCCAGAAUUGGUGCAUCGGUGGCUCCUGGGCUCGGGCCCGCGGAGACAUGAGCGCGCGGCCGCCCCACGCACCCCGGGCGCAGCGGCCCGGCCCCGCGGCCCCGUGAUGGGCUCCUGCGUGUCGCGAGAUCUGUUCACAAGUGCCCACAAGGACUGUCCCAGGCCUCAGGGCACUGACCUUGUGAACACAGACCUGCCCUCCACCCACCCACCCACUGUGAUUGCCCCCGACCAUGUCACUGGCAAGGACAAGCAGCUGGAUUUCUGUUGGGAUCCUUGGCAGAGGUGCUUCCAGACCACCAAUGGCUACCUGUCUGACUCCAGAGCCUGCCCCAGCAACUACAGCGUGGCUGCCCUGGCCACAUCAUCCCUCGUGGGGGUGGUGCAGAGCAUCAAGGACCACAUCACAAAGCCUACGGCCAUGGCCCGUGGCCGCGUGGCCCACCUCAUCGAGUGGAAGGGCUGGAGUGCCCAGCGGUCAGGCUGGGAGCUGCCCCCUGCCGAGGACGAGCGUUACUGCUGCCUCUCUGACGAGCUGCGUGAAGCCCGCUUUGCUGCAGGGGUCGCUGAGCAGUUUGCCAUCACAGAGGCCACUCUGAGUGCCUGGUCCUCACUAGAUGAUGAGGAGCUACACCCGGAGAACAGUCCCCAGGACGCCUUCCACCUCCAAGACUUGGAGAACAUCUACCUUCAGGACAGCCUUCUGAGUGGACCCUCACAGGACGACAGUCUCCUGGCCUGCUCCCCUGGCCUCUCUUCUGAUGUUGGCUGGCCCUCACCCGAGGAGCUCCCAAGCCCCACCCAGCAGCAUCGGAGGAGGCUGCCUGGGGGUCCAGGGCCUGAGGGUGGGGCACGCCUGCAUGGCUCCUUGCCCUCAAUGGACAGUGGCUCGCUCUCGGAGGAGGAGGACGAGGUGUUCUAUAACUGAAGGACUGGAUCAUUCCAGUGCCUGUUUGCCUGGCGGGAGCCCAGGCAUACCACAGCACCAGUGUAGCAACGGAUUUCUCUUGACCUCUUGGGGCAGGCAUGGAGCAGUGAAUGGCAGGGAUGGGGCAGCUGUCUUCUGGACUGUUCUGUGCUUCUGGGGACCUGCCCCAGCAGUGGGAGCCCCUCACUCCCUGCUCUGUGAACUUGGCCCUUCCAGGGCCUCUGUCCUCUGCCUGCUCCAGGACUCUUAGCAGACACCAGGGCAACGGGCCUCAGGAGAGCUGACAGCUGGACCCCCAGGAAUACAAGCACGGAAGGACUGUGAGACCAACUUGGAGGGGGCCUAGGGAACCAUCCUUGACCUGGGCUUAGCCCCUCCCCACUGUGCAUCGAUCCCAUGGAAUAUGGGAUCACCUUUUCUGGUAGCUGAGUCAUUCCUCAGCUUCCCUCAGUCUCUGGAAGGUCUGACUGUCCCUCUUCCUCUCACCUGCUUCCUCCGAGAUGCCCCUGCCUUGCUCCCCACUCCAGGGAGCCUGUGCCUCCCCAUUCUCAAACCCCCUUCGUCUCCUACAAGGUUCCUCUUGACAUUAAAGUGGUGGGUUCAUCCUGGA